AAAUGUCUGACGAAGAAGAAGCGAGGUUUCUUCCGCCUACAUCCGGGGACUCUCCUUCCUUUCUGUCCGUGCUAACGUUGUAGUGAACACGCGUUCGCCUGUCCAGCAAAAUGCGUUACGUUGCUGCUUACCUGCUCGCUUCCCUUUCUGGGACUCAGAACCCUGAUGCCAAGGACAUCAAGAAGAUCCUUGAAAGUGUUGGCAUUGAGGCUGAUGAUGCACGUCUUGACAAGGUCAUCACAGAGCUCAGUGGAAAGAACGUGGAUGAUGUAAUUGCCACAGGUUACGGCAAGCUGGCCAGCAUGCCUGCAGGUGGUGCAGUGGCUGUUGCCAGCUCUGCAGCUGCUGGCUCAGGUGGAGCCGCAGCCCCUGCUGCAGCUGAGGAGAAAAAGGAAGAGAAGGAAGAAUCUGAGGCGUCUGAUGACGACAUGGGAUUCGGCCUGUUCGAUUAAACUUUUCCAAAGGAUAAAUAAAAUUUAUAAAAAAAUAA